GGCCAGGACAGGAGAGAUCGCUUCAUCAAGGAAUCUUUAAAAAAAUAUAUGUAUAUAUCCACAAUCUACAAUCCACAAUCCAGCGCGUAAUAAGCAACUGGAUUUCUUUUUUUUUUUUUUUUUUUGGGGUGGGUGUGUUGAAAAUCUGAAAGCGGUUUGAGAGAUUGUGGAGGUUUUGCUCGACAUUGCAGGGGCCUGCGUCACGAGGAAAAAUUGCUGAGAUGAAAUUUGUGGCGGUUGUGGCAGGGGCUGGAGCUCUCGCCUUUCUCGGCGCGCUGGUGUGCAUCGUGGCGAGCGUGUACUCGCGCGCGCCGGCCGCCGCCCUGCAGCCUCCCGCGGCCGCCAACGGCACCGCGUCCCCGGUUCCCCCGGGCUCUCUGGGCGCGCUGUACGGUGCCGACACGAGCGAGAGGGAACCUUUGGCUGGCGCAGGAACGGGCCGCGAAACGCCGCUGCUGGGCGAGCUGAGCGCCGGAUCCAGCCCUCAGCGCUUCACCUUCAGCCGCCUCCUGUGCUCGCCUGUACCGCCCGGGGAAUGCGCGAUGAAGCGCCGGAGACGCGACAAAGAGGAGGAAGAGGAACAGCAGGCUGAAUACGACGAUGAAGACUGGAGCGCCCUGAGCGCGACCGCCGACGAGCUCCGGCGCACCGUGGCGCUGCAGAGCGAGCAGAUCGCCGCCGACCGCAAGACCAUCGACGAGCUUACCGGCAAACUCGCCGAGUGCGAGAGCGCGCUGCUGGAUGAGCGCAGCGUGGUGGAGCGCGGAGCCGCCGCAUCAUGGCCCGCACGACGCCGCCUCAUGGCCGGGGAUGGCGUGCGGGAAUCCGCCGCUGCGCAGCUGCACACCGCCCGGGCUGUCGAGGAGCUCGAGAGAGCCAUCCUCCAGCUCAAAGACCGCAUCGAGAAGCUAGAGCUGGAGAUGGUGCCCGCGUUGCUGAACCACUCGGAGGUGGCAGCAGGCUCCACGGGCAUGCGCUUGGCACUGGGCCAGCCUGGUGGGCGGGUAGAGGAUGUAGGCGGAGAGCUGGUGCAGAAGGUAAAGCAGUUGGAAGAGGAGAGGAAGAACCUACGCAAGGAGACACAGAACCACCACCAGCACAUCGACCAGGGCAUCAACACUCUUCAGGAGCGCAUCUCAGAGCUGGAGCAAAGUUUUACAGGUCAGAGUUACCCACAGGGCUACAAGCUCUCCUUCCCCAUGCGGACCAACUACAUGUACGGCUUGGUGAGACGGAACAUUCCGGAGAUGUACGCCUUCACGGCUUGCGUGUGGUUGAAGGCGACCGAAAGCGGGAUUGGGACACCGUUCUCAUACGCCGUAGACAAGCAGCCCAACGAGCUUGUCCUCCUGCAAGGCGUCCACAAUCCAGCCGAGCUGCUUAUUAAUGCUAAGGUGGCACAGUUGCCCCUGACGUUCCCUCCUGGCACUUGGCAGCACGUGUGUGUGAGCUGGACUCUACGUGAUGGCGUCUGGAAGGCCUAUCAGGGUGGCAAGCUGAAGGGGCGAGGUGAAGGACUGUCAGCAUGGCAUCCAAUCAGGGCAGAUGGUGUGCUGGUUCUGGGACAAGAACAGGACACGCCGGGAGGACAGUUUGACGCCUCCCAGGCUCUGGUGGGUGAGCUGUCUCUGUUUAACCUGUGGGACCGCGUGCUGUCGCCGGGUGAGAUCGGCACCGUGGCAGCCUGUGGCGAGCCUGUGCUGCCGGGGAACGUGGUGUCAUGGACGGAUCGAGACGUAGAUGUUUUCGGAGGAGCCACCAAGGAGCCUGUAGACCCCUGCUCCAGUGAUGGUGGACCCCAGAAAUAAGGGAUUUUGGUUUCUGAAAUGUCGGAGUGUGUUUAUUAGGAAUGGUCACUGUGGUACUCCAUUCAUAAUCGCAUUAAUAUUCUCUCUGCUCCAUGUCAGCACGUGUGUGUGUGUGUGUGUGUGUGUGUGGAUUUGCAGAGCCAAUGACUGGAACUGCUAAGUGCUUUUAAAAGCCACUGUGUAUCUUCCUGUGUGUGUAAUCUUCUUCCAGCGAAUGUGACCUUCAUGUCCCUCUGAUCCAUUUUCACACAUUUCUCUGUAAGAUCAAUAUUUUCCUUCCUCUCUAUGCUGACUGUGUUUCUUUGACAGUGUAACUGUGAUUGUAGCGGCCUUUACUUCAAAUUCACUGCACUCUUACUAAAGCAAACGUCUGACUUUGAAGUUAUUAUUUCGCAAACAUGACCUCGCGUCUUUUUUUUUUUCAGUUGUUUCACGUUUAUCAAACUUUUUUUUUAAUCUUGUUGCAUCUUCUUCUAAUCAUUUUUACACACCAGAGUUCUUCAAUAAAAAAAAAAUCAGUUUGAUUUUGACUUUCUAUUGCUAUUCUAUUUCCCUGUAUAAUUUACUCAAAUAUUUGUAUGAAUAAUUAAUAUCACUUUAUAUUCUUAUUUAUAUGAUUAAUUCUAGAUAUGUCUGAAUUUGAAUUUCUUAUUGGUUCCCCCCCCCCCAAAAUAUUAGUGCUGUUUUUUAAAAUUCACUUUAUAGUAUUAUUAUUAUUAUUAUUAUUAUUAUUAUUAUUAUUCUCCAGUUUACAAAGCCUGGAUCGAUGUGAAAGUUUUUAAUUCGCAUUAUAUCUGCAUAUUUAUUAUUCAAACCAGAUUUUAAUAUAUGGAGCGUCUAAUCUAAUUUCCUAAACUGAUAUUUAUUUAUCCCGGAAGGAGGAAGAGCAGGAGGAAGCACUUGCUUGGGUUGACACACCCACUUUACUUUUGCCUCUUUGGCUGUUAGUCAAUGGCAAUUUGCUGUGAUGUCACUGUAGCGCUUAUCCGUACACUGUUUGCACCGCAAUGGAUUUUUGAUUAUCUUGUGAACUAUGUGGAUGAUGAUAUAAAAACUGAUGGAAAAUGUU